AUGUUAGAGAUUGUAAAAAUUAGAACAUGAUUUAUUUUGCUGCGCUUUCAGCCGGCUUCCGGCGCUCAUCGCUACAGCAGUUCAGCCAAUCUUGAGAUCUUCGUAACAGCGAAGGACACAUUCUUCUUUUAUUCACAAAAUUGCAAGAUAAUAAUAUGAAAGCCAAAUCAAAUGCUUCAAUUGGAUUGCGCAUGCUAUUCUCUGCCUCUCGGAACUUAUUCUUCCUCUCGGAAGCCCUAGUUUCAAAAAAUUUCAUAUUUUGCCCAAUCGCCACUGCUAAUAGAGUCUUCUGCUCCUUAUACGAACCAAAUAUCGAAAGAGUAGCAGGAGAAGUUGGCGAUUGUCCGAAGGAGUCUGCAGCAGAGGUUUUAAGGAAUUGGGGUUGCUCAGAGUCCGAAAUUUCGAAAAUCUUCCGCCGAUCGCCUUCGUUACGGAAUGCCAGGCCUUCCAAUCUUCAUUCAAAACUCGCAUUUCUCCGGGAUUUGGGCCUCACCACAUCCGAGCUUGUCAAAAUUGUUAACUGCAGGCCUCGAUUCCUCUCCUACCGCAUCCAUGAUUUGUCUGAAGAGCGGCUACAGUAUCUCCAGGAAUUUUUUGGGUCCAACGAAAGGCUCAUCAAAGCCAUUAUUAGAAACCCCUCUAUUCUCACCUAUGAUAUCCACAAAAAAGUUAAACCUGUCAUUGCGCUGUAUGAGGAGGUUGGUGUUGGUAGAAACGACUUGAUCUCCAUGCUUUUGUCUCGCCCCACAUUGAUUUCGCGAAGCUCAUUUGAUGAUGAGAAGCUGGAAUACAUCCAUAAGACCGGAAUUUCUAUGGAUUCCAAGAUGUACAAACACGUGGUCUCCAUCAUUGCCGUCUCGCGCCUCGAAACAAUACGUGAAAAGGUGGCAAACUUUGAGAAGUUUGGAUUUUCAGACGAUGAAGUGUUUGGCCUUUUUGGGCGAUCUCCAUUCACAUUGACGCUAUCUGUGGACAAGGUGCAGAGGAACAUGACUUUUGUUUUGGGCACAAUGAAACUACCUGCAAAAGUGGUUCUCAAUCAUCCGUAUCUGCUGUGGUUAAAUUUGGAGGCCAUAUUACGACCGCGAGUUCUUCUUGCAGCAAAGAUAGAGGAAAUGGGUCUUGUUCCACAAAUUAAAGGGCCUGAAAUAUUGACAGCCCUAAGGAUGAAAGAGAAGCGUUUUUUGGAGGCUUUUGUUACAUGCCACCCAAAUGAUGUCUCCCAUCAAUUGAUGGAAUGGUACAGAAAUGUAAAAUGUGUCAAGCGCUUGGCAGAAGGUUCAAAGAGAAAUAUUUGUAAAGGAUUUCCUUUUUAAUCAUUUUCCUUUACUUUUGGUUUCUUUA